CUCGCUCUCUCCCCCGCACCACCAGCAAAGCAAAGCGCCGCAGCCUUUGCCUCCUCUCUCUGUCUGCUCGCUCCCCCUCCUCACCCGCUCCCAACCAGGCCGCCACACCCAGACUCCUCGCUCGCAUCCAGCGCUCCCGCACUGAAAAACCCUACUCCCGAGGCCGCCUCGCCGUCUCUUGGCGCGGGCCGCACCUUCACCGUACCAUCGCCAUGUCCGUCCCCGGCGUCGCCUCCCGCGCCGCCGACCGCUUCUACUGCCCCCCUCCACGCCGCCACCUCCUCGAGAAGCAGCAGAAGCAGCACCAGCCGCUGACUGCGGCACCCGCGGUAGUUGAGGAACCGGCGAAGCCGACGCAGGAUCUCCGGCGACACGAGCCCCCGACCCCGCCGGCGCCGGCGGCGACCAACCUCGAGAGCUUCAUCGCCUCCACCGCCGUCCGCGUGCCCGCGCGGCGGCAUCCCCGCACGGGCGCGCGGGGGAGGGGGGCCGGCGCGGGCGGCCACGGGGAAGCGCCGUACUACGAACUCGCGGAUCUGUGGGACGCGUUCGGGGAGUGGAGCGCGUACGGCGCCGGCGUGCCGCUGCUGCUCAAUGGCACGGACGGCGUCGUGCAGUACUACGUGCCCUUCCUCUCCGCUAUCCAGCUCUACGGGUCGCGGCCGCCGCCGUCAAGCGAAAGACGAUUUAACGAAGAUAGUGAUGAUGACAGUGCUCCAGACACAAGUAGUGAUGUAAGCAGUGCGAGUGAGAAUGAAAGGUUCAUUGGAAUAACAACCCAGUGUUUAGCAGAAAAUAUUUGCACCGAUCAAGGUUUUUCCAGUGAUGACAGUGAGUCCAGCAACCAGGAAUCAUCGCCUAUUUUCCAAUAUGUGGAGCAUGAUGCACCAUACGGAAGACAACCUUUAGCAGAUAUGAUUUCAGUAUUUUCAAGUAAGUUUCCUGAUCUAAAGACAUACAAGAGCUGUGAUCUUCUGCCAUCCAGUUGGAUUUCUGUAGCCUGGUAUCCCAUAUACCGGAUACCAACAGGACCCACGCUACAAGAUCUGGAUGCUUGCUUCUUAACAUUUCAUUCAUUGUCAACAGCACCUGACGGUAUGUUAACUGGGCAUCCUGAGACAAAUAACUUCCAUAACAAUAAAAUUGCUGAUGUUCCUGGGAAGAUUACUCUGCCUCUGAUUGGUCUAGCUUCUUACAAAUUUCAUGGUUCCAUGUGGAUGCCAAAUCAGCACCAUGAGCAGCAGUUAACUACAUCGCUUCUGAAAGCUGCUGAUGACUGGCUUUGUCAGCGGCAAGUAGAUCACCCAGAUUACCGCUUCUUCCUCUCGCACUAAAUUGGAUCUUGAUCCAUGCUAUCGCCUGAAUACCACAGCUCCAAUGCCCACUAGUUAAUCUAUGAACUUGCAUUAUAGCUAUAUAGUCCACAAGCACAAGUACCGAUAUCCUUUUGAGUAUUAUCAUAUAUGGUGCUUCCUUUAUGUUAUAGUCCCGUAUUGAUAUCUAGGUCAGGAUUAGGUGGUGAUUGUUUUGCUGUUGUGAUGUAGGAACUAGUUAGACAUAGAUCACCUAAAUCGUUUUCAUUAGCAAAUAAGGGUGGAUGGUGUGCAGCUGAGCUAGGUAGGAGGUGAUUGGAGUGAUGUACAUUGGUUUUGCUUCAGAGGUGAUUCUUGGAUAUAGUGAUGAUGGCGAUAAAAUAUUUUUCAAUUUCCUCAUUGGGUUCUAUAUAUUAUAUCUAUAUUUCUGAGUGUGGACUGUAUUUGAUAUAUGUACUAGCUUGAUAGAUUAUAGAGCUAGUAUUUUCAUUCUUCA